AUGCUACCGACACUCAACAGGAAAGUGACGAGCUGCAGCAGAACGACGCUAUUACGCAAUAGAAGAACAUAUCUACUAGUUAGAACUCUUAGACAAGACCCUUCUAAAAGCCUUAUCGCAGCACGCUAUGGAAGACACAAGUCACUAAUACCUAGUAGAAACAUAGGCUUUAUUAAGAUCAUAGCUCGAGCUACGAAGCUCCCCGCUUAUAUAGGAGGAACCAUGGCGGCUGGCGGGACUUAUGUUGCAUACAAAGUCGAACAGGCCAGCACGUAUACCCAGGACAAGAUAUCGGCAAUCAAAGACUUUGCAGAUGGCGUGUUUGAUAGAACAGGCGACUUUUUCAAAAGCAUGAGCACGGGCGGUGAAAAUGGAUCGAGUGGUGGUGGCGGCGGCGGCGGCGGUGAGAAUGACACUGCGACUGCACUAGGAGCAACGGCUGCCGCGGUCGGUCUAUCUGCAGACGAGGACACCGACGAAGAGACCGCGGCGGAGGAUGAGGAUGAGGCGGAGACAUUGAUUGAGGAAGACGACGACGACGACGACGACUUGGAAAGCCAGGAGGAAACACAUGACCACAUGUUGAAUUUGACUCGUCAGAUGAUUGAGAUUAGAAACUUGUUGGCCAGCAUAGACCACGACGGGAUCCAACUCCCAUCCAUAGUCGUCAUUGGUUCCCAGUCAAGCGGCAAGUCGUCUGUUUUGGAAAGUAUUGUGGGACAAGAGUUUCUACCAAAGGGCUCAAACAUGGUCACGAGAAGACCCAUUGAGUUGACUUUGGUCAACACUCCAGAGUCGGCAUCGAAUGUAGCCGAAUUGCCGGCGUUGCGCAUGUCAAACAUCACUGACUUUAGCCAGCUACAAAAGCUCUUGUACGACUUGAAUAUGGCGGUGCCCGAACAAGAGUGCAUUUCGAAAGAUCCCAUUCAAGUGACAAUUAGAUCGCCCACAGUCCCCGAUUUGUCGCUCGUGGAUCUACCAGGCUACAUCCAAGUUGAAGCAGCUGACCAGCCGACCGAGUUGAAGCGGAAAAUCAGGGAACUCUGCUUCAAGUACUUGGAAGCUCCAAACGUUAUUCUCGCGAUAUCGGCAGCCGAUGUGGAUUUGGCCAACUCUGCUGCGUUAAGGGCCUCCAGAUUGGCCGACCCUCGAGGCGAAAGAACCAUUGGGGUGAUUACAAAAUUGGACUUGGUCAGUCCGGAAACUGCCAGGAAGAUUUUGACCAAUAAAAAGUAUCCGUUGAAGCUUGGCUAUGUUGGUGUGAUAACCAAGGCUCCUCCAGCAAAGGAGUCCGGUGGCUUGUUUUCAAGGUCCAAGGUCACUGGCUACCAAGCAUUUGUUGCUCAGCAGAACUUUGAGCACAACUACUUGAAAGACAAUAAAGCCGACUUUUACGGAACAACUGUUGGCACGAAAAAUCUCAAGAAAAAAUUGAUGAAAGUCUUGGAAAAGACCAUGGCAACUUCAUUGAGACCCACGCACUUGGCGAUACAACAAGAGAUGGAAGAGACUGCGUAUAAGUUCAAGGUUGAGUUCAACGACCGUCAAUUGACUCCAGAAAUGUACUUGGCCAACAACAUUGACAUGUUGAAGCUAGGAACCAAAGACUUGAGCCAUGAUUUCUCACGAGCCGAGUUGAAGGCUCUUUUGAAGAAUGCAAUCGACCAAAAAGUGUUGGAUCUACUUGCGGAAAGAUACUGGAACAAGCCGUUUGACUUGAACAGUGCUGCAGCCGAGCCAAACUUGCGUGAGCUCACGCAAACCAUUCACGAUGGAGACUUGUACUGGCACAAGAAGUUGGAUUUGUCCUCUGGAUCCUUGACCAAGUUGGGCGUUGGCAGGUUGUCGACAAACUUGAUCACCAACGCGUUGCUCACCGAGGUGGAUAACUUGGUGGACAAUACCCAGCUAAGGAACCAUCCCAUGGCUCGCCAAGCUGUCAAGGACGCUGCGAAAGCUGUUUUGAGCAACAAAUACUACUCCACGGCCGAUCAAGUGGAGAACUCGAUCAAACCAUACAAGUACGAAAUCGAGCUCGAAGACAGAGACUGGCAGAUUUCGAAAGAGAAUGCCGCAAACUUGCUAAAGGAAGAAUUGAGGCAAUGUGAAGAAGUGUAUCAAGACUUGAAGAGCCAAGUCGGUGGAAGAAAGUUGCUGCAGGUGGUGACGUAUUUGGAAAAAUUGAAGCAACAGAAAUCACAGGAUGUGGACCUCACCUCGAAUGAAACCUUGGGCUUUUCGCCAACUUUGAUCCAGCGCGGGAAAGAAGCCAUCUUUUUGAGAGAUCGAAUGUCCACCUUGAAAAUGAGGUACUCGUUUGUGAAAAACUCCAAAAAGUGCCGCACAAAGGAAAACAAGUACCAGUGUCCCGAGAUUUUCCUAGACGCGGUGGCGUCCAAGAUUGUUUCAACUUCGAUUCUUUUUUUGAACGUGGAGCUCUUGAGUGAUUUCUAUUACAACUUUCCCCGUGAAUUGGACAUGAAAUUCUUCAACAAUUUGAGCAAAGACGAUAUCGAAAAGUUUGCCAAGGAAGACCCCAAGAUCAAAAAACACAUUGAGUUGCAGGAGAGGAAGGAUUUGUUGGAGAAUGCCAUGAGUAAAAUUGAGAGUGUGUUGGCCAUCCAGAGAAGUCAAAGUAAACAGUCUUCGAAGGAGGUGGAGGCAAUGGAGGGGGAGAAAUCCUUAUUUAAAUGGUAA